GAUCGGUGCUGGUGCUGGUGUUGAUGCCGGCGCUGGUGUCGAUGUCGGUGGUGGUGCCAAGGGCGGCCUCAAGGGAGGUGCUGGAGGCCACCUUGGUGCUGGCGUUGGCCUUGGAGGCAAGAUUGGUGCUGGUGCCGGCGUUGGCGCUGGUGCUGGUGCUGGUCUUGGAGGCCAUCUCGAAGGCGAUGUCAAGGGUGGUGCCGGCGGCAAGAUUGGUGGUGGUGGUAAGAUUGGCGGCCACCUUGGCGGCCACCUUGGAGGCGGUCUCGGAGUUGGUGCUGGUAUCGGCGCUGGCCUUGGUGCUGGUGUCGGUGCUGGUGUUGGACUCGGACUUGGUGGCCUCGGCGGCCUCAAGGGCCUCCUUGGUGGUGGCAUUGAGUGGUCUGCCGGUGGUGGUGCUGACUGGCACUCUGGAACUUCUUGCAGCAUCGGUAAUACCUGGAAGGAUCACGUCCUCUUCCAGGGUGUCUGCUCUCCCGAGACAGAGACCACUCCCGCUGUCAACCUCGGUCUUAACCUCCCCAGCUGCCAGAUCACUGGUGACAUCGGUUUCGCUUGCGGUGCCGACUUCCUCAAGACCCCCAACGUUCGUGUCGGCCUCGGUGGCAUCUCUGCUUACAUCGAGAUCGAUCUCUCUGCUUCUGCUGCCGUCCACCAGUCCGUCGAACUCUUCGCUGCCCCCAAGCUCGGUGUUGCUAUCCCUGGCCUCGAGGCCUCUGCUGAUCUGAAGGCUGCCAUCGAGGCUGCCAUCGCCCUCGAUCUCAUCGUCGGUUGUGGUAAGGCCAUUGAUCUCUCUGCUGGUGUCUACGUCAAGUUCCCUGCCGAUGCCUACGUCGACAUUGAUCUUCUCACCAAGAAGGUUAUCAACGCUUCCCUCGAGGGUCUCGUCACCAAGGCUCUCCCCGUUGGCGUUGGUGCUGACGUUGAGCUUGGUGCUGGUAUCGACCUCCAGAUCGGUCUCCGACUCCGUUCUGAGCUUGCUAUCCCUGGUGGUCUCGAGAUCCCCGUCCUUGGUCUCUCUGGCAAGGCUGGUGCUGAUGCUGGCUUCGGUGCCGGUGUCUGGUUCUCUCUCCUCGACUACUCUGCCAAGAUUGGUGGCAGUGCUGGUGUCUCUGCUGGUAUCGACAUCACUGGCUCUUUCGACUGCAACCUCGGUCUCGCUGUUGACAAGAAGUGGGACUUCUCUGGUGGUUUCUUCAACCUUAUCCCCAACCUGUCUGUCGGUCUUGCCAAGGGUAUCAAGUCCACCUUCUCCCAGAAGACCCGUGGUACUUGCGGUAGCUUCAUCGGUCACUUCAAGAAGGGUGGCUUCAUUGGCGGCCCUACCAUCCCUGCUUCCGGUCUGAUCACUGCUACCACUGCUGGCUCUGACGCUUCCGUCACUAUCCCCGCUGGUGUUACCCAGUCUGUCGAGUUCUCUGGCACCGUUGUUGUCCCUGACGCUUCCGGCUCUGUCGAGAUCCCCGACUCCACUGACUCUGCUUCUCCCGAGGGUCCUAGCGAUGUCACUGGUUCUGGUUCUCUCCCUGUCGCUACCUCCGCUGCUGAGAUUCCUGACACCACCGACUCUGCCACCCAAGGCGGCCCUCCCGUUGAUGCUACCGAGUCUGGCUCUUCUCCUGUCACUACCUCCGCUGGAGAGGUCCCUGUUGGCCCCGGCGGCGAGGUUCCCAACCAGACCAUCACCAAGGGCGGCGACGUCACUGCUAUCUUCGGUCCUGGUGAGACUAUCACUGUUUCCGGCUCCGAGGGUUUCACCACCAUCCUGUCUGGCUCCGAGGGCUUCACUUCCGUCAUCACUGGUUCCGAGGGUUUCACCACUGUCAUCUCCGACUCUGAGGGCAGCUUCACCUCUUUCUUCUCUGGCUCUGAGGGUUUCACUACCGUCAUUUCUGGAUCUGAAGGUGUUACCAAGGUCGUUCCCGGUACUCCUGGCUUUACCACCGUUGUCUCUGGCUCUGAGACCUUCACUCAGGUCGUUCCCGGUGCUGGCUUCACUACUGUUGUCUCUGACUCCGAGACCAUGACCAAGGUCGUCCCUGGCGCUGCCUUCACCACUAUUGUCUCUGGUUCCGAGACCUUCACCCAAGUUGUCCCCGGUGGUGGCUUCACCUCUGUUCAGUCUGGCAGCGUCCCUGUUGCCACUGGUGGUAACAACUACGAGCUUCCUUCUGCCCCCGGUGCUGAUGCCACUGCCUCUGGUGAUGUUCCUGCUGAGACUGGUUCUGGUUCUCUCCCUGCUGCUACCACUGCUCCCAACGGCGACAACGGUACCCCCGGUGAUGCCACUACCGGCUCUGGCUCUGACGCUGAGGUCACCUCUGCUCCCGCUGCCGAUGUCACUGAGGCCCCUGAUGCUUCUGGCAUGAUCACCAGCACUAUCCGUGAGACUCACGUCUACACCAUUACUUCUUGUGCUGCCUCUGUCAUCAACUGCCCUGCCUCUUACACUCAGAAGAUCGUCACCCAGACUGUCAUUGAGCGCACCACUGUCUGCCCUGCCACUGCCACUGCUGUCCCCAACACCCCCACUGAGGACUCCAACGAGUCUGGCAAGACCCCUGACUCUCCCGACACUCCCCAGGAGGGCGGCAACGCUUCUCACCAGGGCCCCGGCGGUGACAAGGGUGCUGAGUACCCUACCCCUGGUGACAAGACUCCUGUUGAGGGUGGCAACGGUUCUGGUUCUAACGGCGAUGCUCCUGCUCCUACCGCUCCCCCUGCUGCUGCGCAGACCACCAUCGACCUCGUCACCAUCACCCAGGACGUCACCACCAUUGUUCCCUGCACCAAGUUCGUUACCAGCACCUUCGUUGCUCCUACCACUGUCCACCCUCCCGCUGUUCCCGUUGUCACCAUCAUCGACAACCACACCGGCCAGGCCCCUCAGAACACUGCUACCGAGCAGCCUGGUGCUUUCACCACCCUCACCAGAGUCAUGGCCUCUGCCACCGACUCUGGUGACUACCCCGCUGCCACUGGUAGCGGCUCUGAUGCUGCUGCUCCCGGUUACGAGGCACCCGGUGUUGUUCCCACCUACAAGGUUCCUAACAACGGAACCGUUCCUUCUCAGGUUCCCGUCAUUGCCGGAGCCUCUCUUGUCAGCGUUGGCAGCAUGCUGCUCGCUCUCCCCAUGGCCCUCGCCUUUAUCAUAUACAAACUCCGCCCUUGA